UCAACAACAUCAACAUGAACCAGACGUCGAUGCCCCCUGCAGGCUGGGAGGCCUCCUACCUGAAGAAGCUCUCCCACCUGGACGAGGACCUGUACAGGGACUUCCACAGCCUGUGGGUGACCCUCAUGGUGGUCAACACCCUGAUGUUCGUCAUCGGCGUGCUGCUCAACAGCGCCGCGCUCUACGUCUUCUGCGUGCGCACGCGCUCCCCGACCGCGCCCGUCAUCUACACCAUCAACCUGGCGGUGGCCGACCUGCUGGUGGCGCUGUCGCUCCCCGCGCGCAUCGCCGUCUACUACAGCGGCGGGCGCUGCCAGGCCUGCGUACACGUGCACACCUUCAGCUACUUCGUCAACAUGUACUGCAGCAUCCUGUUCCUGACCAGCAUCUGUGUCGACCGCUACCUGGCCGUGGUGUGGGCCGCAGGUGGCGGUGCGGCGGUGGGCAUGCGGUGGCGCAGCCCCGGCGUGGCGAGAGGCGUGAGCGCGGGCGUGUGGCUGUUCGCCGUGGUCAUCACCUGGUCGCUGCAGACCACGGCGGCCAUGGAGCUGGGCAGCUCCACCUCCUCCUCCUGCUGCCGUCUGCCGCUGCAGUUCGCGCUCACCGUGCUGGAGUUCGUGCUCCCCCUGCUGGCCAUCGUGGGCUUCACGGCACGGGUGGCGUGCGCGCUGGCCGACCGCCGCCUGAUGCCGCAGAGCCGCGGCCGGCGGCGCCGGGCGGUGCGCCUCCUGGUGGCCGUGCUGGUGGUGUUCGCCGUGUGCUUCACGCCGUUCCACGUGCGGCAGGCGGCCGUCUACUUCGGCCUGGUGGGCGGCUGGGGCCGGGCGCAGCACGUGGUGGCCUACCACGCCACCGUCACGCUCAGCAGCCUCAACAGCUGCCUGGACCCCGUGGUGUACUGCUUCGUGCCCGACGGGGUGCGCUCCGCGCUGGGACGGCCGCAGAGGAGGAGGAGCGGGGGAUAG